AUGGAUCUUUCCAUCUUUCCUUUCCUGCAGGGACCAGAAUAUUCAAAUUUCGAAACCAUCAUUAUGAAUAAAACACUCUCUACAGAAGAUGUACCACCGCAAUUCCUCAAGGCAGCCUACCUUGUCGGCCACGUUCCGCUCAAGGCACUUUCCUCUGACCCGCGCAUCUCCUACACACUAUAUAUCCCCCCAUCUCACUACCAAACAGGCCCCAACGCAAAGAAACUCCCCUUGCUAGUCUGGAUCCACAGCACGCGUCGGAAGCUCGAUGCACUAGAUGGGGGUGACUUGGUAGCCUUUGCGGAGUCAACACCCUGCGCAAUUCUUGCCCCGUUGUUCCCUGCCGGUCUGGAUGGACCGAAUGAUUUGGAUUCUUAUAAAUCCAUGCGCUCCAAGACGCUUCGCUCUGACCUUGCUCUCUUGUCCAUGCUCGACGAGAUCGCGCCCAGGUGGCCCGGUCUCCAGACAGAGAAGUUCUUCAUGCUGGGCUUUUCUGGGGGCGGGCAGUUCGCUCAUCGGUUCUUAUACCUGCACCCCGAGCGGUUGUUAGGUGUCAGCGUGGGAGCGCCGGGCCGGGCGACCUUAUUGGAUCCCGCGCUGAACUGGCCGAAUGGAAUUGCAGAUGUUGAUAGUCAGUUUGGACGGGUAGUUGAUCUGCAACUGAUCCGCCAGGUCGAUAUACAUCUGGCAGUCGGGUCGGAGGAUAAUGAGGUUCACGGUGGUGAUGAGUUUUGGAAGUGGUUGCAGAAGGUUAAAGGGAAAGAAGGGAAGUCAUCCGAGGGAGUGAAUCUGGCUACUAUGAGCCAGGGAAGAUUGCAGACAUUACAAGCUUUGCAGGCUGUUUGGGAAAAUGACAGCAUAGAGAGUCAGUUGGAUAUAGUAGAGGGCGCCGCUCAUGAAGCUGUAAAAGUGCGACCUUGCCAGCUACAUUUCCUGGCGCUAUUGAUCAAAGCUACUUUGUAG